AGAAAGAGAGAAGAAAGAGGAUCGUCUCCAGCUGGCCUGGGAGACAGGCCUCCUUGUGCCCAUCAGCCCUCCAAGAACCCCCGCCCGCCCCUCCCUUCCAUCAAGGCCUGUACACAGGGGCUUGGGGUCAGCCAGAAAAGUCAGGCAGCUUUUCAGGGACGGGGAGCGAGGGGAGGUGAGGUCUCCCAGCCUGGCCCAGGUUCAGUCCCUGUAAGCAGCACAGUGCCAAGCUGUGCCCUGUCUAGAACUCCAGACUUUGACCCUGAGCUCCAGUCCCGGCUGGCAGGCAGAGGGCUGAGGACGGGACGCCCCAGAACCAGCAGCCUGCCCUCGGGAGACAGGACGCUGCACCCACAGCAGCUGCCCCUUUCCUCCAGAAGUUUGGCGUAUCAGGCUGGCACGAUGCGCGUGGUCGUGAUCGGAGCAGGCGUCAUUGGGCUGUCCACCGCGCUCUGCAUCCACGAGCGCUACCACUCAGUCCUGCCGUCGCUGGACGUGAAGAUCUACGCAGACUGCUUCACGCCACUCACCACCACCGACGUGGCUGCCGGCCUGUGGCAGCCCUACCUCUCCGACCCCAGCAACCCACAGGAGGUGCACUGGAACCAGCAGACCUUCGACUAUCUCCUGAGCCACAUCCACUCUCCCAAGGCUGCGCGCAUGGGCCUGGCCCCAGUCUCAGGCUACAACCUCUUCCAUGAAGCUGUUCCGGACCCUUUCUGGAAGGACAUAGUUCUGGGAUUUCGGAAGCUGACCCCCAGAGAGCUGGACAUGUUCCCUAAUUACAGCUACGGCUGGUUCAGCACAAACCUCAUUCUGGAGGGGAGGACGUACCUGCAGUGGCUGACAGAAAGGUUGACCGAGAGGGGAGUGAAGUUCUUCCAGCGGAAGGUGGAGUCUUUUGAGGAGGUGGCGAGAGGAGGCGCCGAUGUGAUUAUCAACUGCACCGGCGUGUGGGCCGGGGGGCUGCAACCAGACCCCCUGCUGCAGCCAGGCCGGGGGCAGAUCAUUAAGGUAGACGCUCCCUGGGUGAAGCACUUCAUCCUCACCCACGACCCAGACAGCGGCAUCUACAAGUCCCCGUACAUCAUCCCAGGGAUCCAGGCAUUGACUCUCGGAGGCAUCUUCCAGCUGGGGAACUGGAGCGAGGCAAACAGUAUUCAAGACCACAACACCAUCUGGGAAGGCUGCUGCAGACUGGAGCCCACACUGAAGGACGCCAGAAUCGUUGCUGAAUGCACUGGCUGCCGGCCAGUGCGCCCCCAUAUCCGGCUAGAGAGAGAACGGCUUCGCUUCGGAUCUGCAAACACAGAGGUCAUUCACAACUAUGGCCACGGAGGCUACGGGCUCACCAUCCACUGGGGCUGCGCCCUGGAGGCGGCUGCGCUCUUUGGGAAGGUCCUAGAAGAGAGGAAGUUGCUCACAAUGCCACCAUCCCACCUCUGAAGAUGCCAGCGACCACUGCCCCCACCCAAGGACUUCCUCGGCCAAUGAAUCAACGUGCCCGUUUCUAAGCCAUUGGCUACUCCCCACCCCACCCUUCCCUGGCUCCCGUCCACAAGAAGCCCGAGGUGAGGGGGAACCACAAGGUCAGUUCCUGGAGGUCUUCGUGCAUCUGGGAUCAGUGGUAUCCUGCGUGCUGUGAAGGGGUCUCCAUGGGUCCGUGCCAUUACUGUUCCCUCCUGUGGUGUUUCACCUGAUGGGUUCUUCUCGAAGCAUCCACCAUGAUUUUGGCCAGCCCUGAGCUAAGUCGGGUGAGAGCUAAGGUCUACGUUAGCAUUCUAAUAAUAGUAAUAGUAAUAGUAAUAGUAAUGAUGAUGAUGAUGAUGAUGAUAGUCCCUGUCUUGAUGGUUUGACUUACGAUUUUUCAAUUUUACAAUGUUGCAAAAGCAACACACAUGAUAAAUUAUAUGAGAUGUUCGACGCUAUUAUAAAA